AUGGGCUGGCGAUGGUUUACCAUCACCAUGGGUGGGAUCACAGCUGUCAUGUUCCUGGUUCGUUUUGCCGCCUUCAAGAUUUUUGAGUCGCCAAAGUACCUCAUGGGCAAAGGACGCGAUGAGGAUGCCGUCCGUAUCGUUCACGAAGUCGCGCGUCGCAACAGCAAGACAACGUCUCUGACACUAGCCGAUCUGAAGGCUUGUGAACCUGAGGACUAUGUUGCUCAGACAAAUGUUUCUGCCGCGGCCAAGAGAUAUGCUUCAAAGCUCAACUUUAGCCACAUUCGUGUUCUCUUCUCAACACGCAAGCUAGGGCUCAGUACUGGCCUCAUUAUGGCCAUCUGGGCGCUCAUUGGCCUUGGCUACCCGCUGUACAACGCCUUUCUUCCCUUCAUCCAGGCCACGCGGGGCGCCGAUUUUGGUGACGGCAGUACCUACAUCACCUACCGCAACAGCUUGAUCAUAUCAUCUCUCGGCGUUCCUGGCGCAUUGCUCGGAGGCUGGCUCGUGGAGCGAAAGGUUAUUGGUCGCAAGGGCACUCUGUCCUUGUUCACCGUGUUGACAGGUGUCUUUCUGUACUGCUCAACGACGGCGGUAACGAGCAAUGCACUCCUGGGCUGGAAUUGCGCUUUCAACUUCUGCAGUAACGUCAUGUAUGCUGUGCUCUACGGAUUCACACCAGAGCUUUUCCCCACACCCCAACGCGGCACGGGCAAUGCUUUGACGGCAACUUGCAAUCGUAUUUUCGGCAUCAUGGCACCCAUCAUCGCCAUGUUUGCUAACCUUGAGACGUCGGCUCCCGUUUACAUAAGUGGUGCUCUUUUCAUUGCUGCCGGUCUUCUUGUACUGCUGAUGCCGUUGAGUCACGGGGAAGGGCGGCAUUGUAGAGAGUGCCUUUGUUAUCAGGUUUCCGCCAUGUCGUCAUUGCUUCUUGUCUCGUAG